GUCCUGCCCUCUAGUUUAGAUCGAUCCGCCAGUCUAUAAUGAAGAGAGUAUCUACAUGCUGGCAACACCAGAACGGAGACCGACUGUUAGGUGAUGAAGUGGAGACAGAUUGCUGUGUGACGAGAGACGAUGCGGACGUGUCUCUACGCUCGGUGUGAGUGAAAACCUAAAUACGAAUAAAUAUGUACUUUGUUUAACUGAAUCUUGUGAAGUGAUAUUAUUAAUUGAUAUUGAGUGAAGCUCCUUCUGUGAAUUCAACAACCUGGCGACGAGAAUAGAGCAAGGUAAGCGUGAAGAAAUUCCGAUUAAAACUGAAAUUGGAUGCAAAGAAGAAAAAAAAACGCGUGAGAUUUUUUUUUCAAAAUGGCCGAAGGUUGCGGGAAGUGCAUUUCAAUUCAUCGGGCGAAGAGCUGUACAAGUGAUGAAGAAGAAAAGAUUGGGAUUUGUGAAUUAGCUAAUGUGCAAAUGAUGAUGGUUUAUAUUGAUUGUGGAAUAGGGGAUUUUUUUUCAUAUUUGGACGUGAUGAGCAGUCCGUGGAGCUCGAUGUGGAGGAAGGAGACGGUUGUGUGUGUGUAUGUGCGCGCUGGCAAACAAAGUGGCAGUCUGAUGGUGAGAGUGAUGCGUUAUGGAAAUUGAGCAAAUAUUCUAUCAUUGAAUGAUCAUUACUGACGGUGUGUCACGGUGGUGGAAGCGCGAAGUACAGCGGAAGGCAUAGUUGUGUUGAUUGUGCUGAUUGAUAAUGCUCGCAUCUAUUACGAUGGUGUGGUUAGAAAAGAGAUAAAGAAGAAAUAAAUGUGAAUGUAGAUAGCAUACGAGGAGACGACGCGACGGUUGGGACGGAAGCUGUAUUCUUGCGCUCUGCUAGCAAUGAAUAUAAAGGUAUGUAGAGAUGUUCAAAUAAACUUUCAAUGGUCUGUAAAAAAAAAAAAAAAAAAAAACGGAGAACUGAUAAACACGAUAAGCUUUUUCAAACCAGAAGCUUUCGAAGGUAUGUGUCGAAAGACGAAACAGUUGGUUGGUUUUGUAUCCUUUCGACCAGUAGCGUCAAGGGAGGUGAGGAGGUGUAAGUUAUUAAUUUCUGGGACAUAUUUGCGAAUGCAAUAUUAUCCUUCGGACCAGUAGCGUCGAGGGAGGUGAGGAUGGAUGUUGUGGGAACAUAAUUCAGUUGGUUGUACGGGCGGUGCUCAGGUGAGGUUUGAAAAUACAUUGAUAUCGUUUUACAUAUAUGAAGUUGUAUCCCUUGGACCAGUAGCGUCGAGGGAGGUGAGGAUGUAGAUCGGAAAAAUAAAUAUUGUACCAGUAGCGUACAAAGGAGAGGACGUAAAUGUGCAAGAUGUUGUAUUGCUAUGCAGGCGAUAAAAUCCAUAACAAUAUUAAAUUUGUUUUGUUUCUUGAAUUGUACGAUGCAAAUUUUUAUUACCAGCUAAUAAACGAGUCUUCAAAACACGGGUGUUCGCAAAGGUAAGUGUUAAAAUUUGGAUUUAUUCAAAUAUUUUGAAACAUGCGUGGGACCUCAUAUUGAAACGUUAAUCAUUCAAAAUUGUAGCAAUAAACUGGUUUACAUCGCUAAAAUAAAGUAAUUUAAAAGCUUGUUUAAAUAAAUAACUCAUUUGUUACACUAUUUAAAAGAGAAGCUUAGUCGAUUUUAUUUAUGUACAUGCUCUUCCCGACAAUUGAAAUGCACUAUGAGAAUCGGAAACGUGAAAUUGGGCAAAAUAUCAAUGAAUCAAAAUGCUUUACAGAUGGAGGAAGCAAGACCGAUACCACCCUUCAGAUGCGAAUCGAUGGAGAAACAGAAGCUGUCUCGUGAAUGGGAGUCCUGGAAAGGAUCAUUAGAAUGUUACUUCGAUGCGUAUUCCAUUACAGAUCAACGUAUCAUGAAGGCGAAGCUACUCCAUUUGGGCGGGGUAGAGCUUCAAAAGGUAUUUCGAAGCUUGCCAGAUCACGAUAAAUUUCCCAUUGUGGCUCUGGACCCAAAAUACUAUGAUUUGGCUAUCGACGUUCUGGAUGCGUACUUCCGUCCAGGAAAACAAGAUGUGAUUGAAAGAAGGAAGCUCCGUCAAUUGAAGCAGGAGGUGGGAGAAAAGUUUUCACACUUUUUGAUUCGGCUUCGCCAGCAAGCUGCAAAUUGCGGGUUUGAGAAAUACCAUACUGAUGUGGGUGAGGUCUUGAGAGAAAUCUAUCUAAUCGACAUUAUUGUGGAGAAUUGCCGUUCUGAAGAACUAAGGCGGAGUAUUUUGAAGAAAGAUCGUAAGCUUGCUGAGAUCGAGGAAAUCGCCGCAUGCAUUGAAGGCACAGAACAACAGUUGAAGGACUUGAAGGAGGCAACAUCAAUUGUUCGUGAAACGUCAGUAUUUGAGGUUCAAGGUCGGAAACAGUUGUUCCGGGAUAGAAACAAGGUGACUGAGUCGACAAGUGGAACAAUGAAUUUUCGAUCUACUUCCGGUCAAUCAAAUUGGAGAAACACGAAUGUGUCCUGUUUUGCUUGUGGUACACCAGGGCAUAUUUCUAAGUCACCAAAUUGUCCUGCCAGAGGCCGCACAUGCCGUCACUGCAAGAAGUUGGGUCAUUACGAAGCUACGUGUCGCAAACGGAAAGCCGAUGUCGCGGUCGGAAUAAAGCCGAAAAAGGUAUUCAGCGUUGGAAACAAACAUGAAAACACCGAACCAAGACUGGAAAAGUCAGAGUCUACUACUGGAGAAACAGAGAAAGUCUAUUAUGCUUUCUAUGGGGGAAAUGAGUCCAAUGUGCUUCCCGGAGUAGUUGGCGGUGUGCCAAUUGAGCUAUUGGUAGAUUCUGGGGCGGAUGUCAAUCUGAUUAAGUUCGAAACUUGGGAAGCAAUGAAAGAGAAGAGAGUUCGCGUUAGCAGAUCGGUCAAAGGAUGCAACAAGACAUUGAAAGGAUAUGGUAAUGACAGGCCGCUAGACGUUAUUGGAUCUUUUGUUGCUGAUAUUACUGUCGGUUCCAAAACUGCAACUGCUGAGUUCUUUGUGGUGAAAGGUGGCCAGAAAAACCUUUUGGGAGAUGCAACCGCAAAGCGACUGGGUGUUCUAAAGAUCGGUUUGGAUAUCAAUCAGGUUGACGCGUCGAUGAGACCUUUCACUAAGAUUACUGAUGUUCAGGCCCACAUUCGAAUGAAUCAGCAAUUCAAACCGGUUUUCCAACCGCUUCGCAGGGUUCCAAUCCCUAUGGAGGAGGCGGUGAACAAAAAGCUAGACCAACUCUUGGCUCGUGAUAUCAUAGAAGUGAAAACUGGACCAGCGACUUGGGUCUCACCUUUGGUGAUUGUUGGAAAAGCUUCUGGCGAGCCUCGUAUUUGCUUGGAUUUGAGGAGAGUUAAUGAGGCUGUGGUACGUGAACGCUUUCCCAUGCCAGUAGUCGAGGAGUACCUCGCCCGGAUCGGCAAAGGCAGAGUUUGGAGCAAACUAGAUAUUCGGGAAGCAUUCCACCAAGUGGAGCUGGCAGAGGAUUCCAGGGACGUAACAACUUUCAUAACCAGCCGUGGUCUUUUUCGCUUCAAGCGUCUACCCUUCGGGUUGGUAACAGCUCCUGAAAUCUUCCAACGUGUGAUGGAGGAGAUGCUGUCGGGAUGUGAAGGUUGCUAUUGGUAUUUGGACGACGUGAUUAUCGAAGGGGAGACACAGGAGGCUCAUGAUACUAACUUGGAGAAGGUAAUGUAAA